GUCGGUCUCACGUGACGGGUGCCGGUCGCGCGGGGGCCGCUGGGGCGGGAAAGAUGGCGGAGCUGCUGGAGCAGGUGCUGUCGCUGCUGGAGAGCGCGCCCGGCGGCCUGGACUCCGCACAGAUCGCCGUCAGCCUCGGCCUCCAGCACCAGGUCGUGGUCGGCGUCGUGAAGAGCCUCCAGGCGCUGGGAGAGCUGAUCGAGGCUGAGCUGAGAGCCAGCAAGCAUUGGGAGCUGACCGAGGAAGGCCGAGAAAUUGCAGAGAAGGGCAGCCACGAGGCGAGAGUUUACAACGCCAUCCCGCCAAAUGGAAUUACGCAGGGUGACCUCAUGAAACUCCCCAGUGGGAAGGUUGGCUUCAGCAAGGCGAUGUCAAACAAGUGGAUCCACAUAGAUAAGAAGGCUGAAGGAGGUCCUUACAUCUAUAAGGGUAUUGACAGCAUCAAGGACGAGGUCAAAGGCAAGCUGCUGUUAGUGCAGCAAGGCAAGGACAGCAGCCUGGAUAACAAGGAGAAAAAUGAGCUGAAGAAGAGGAAACUGCUGAGCGAAGUGACCCUGAAAACAUACUGGAUCACAAAAGGUAGCGCGUUCAGCACCAAAGUGAUCAAGCAGGAGACGGAGCUCACUCCAGAGAUGAUAGCAAACGGCUCUUGGAGAGAGAGGAAAUUCAAACCGUACAACUUUGACGCCCUGGGGAUCAUUCCAGAAUGUGGGCACCUGCACCCCCUCCUGAAGGUCCGAAGCCAGUUCCGGCAGAUAUUCCUGGAAAUGGGCUUCACCGAGAUGCCCACCAAUAACUUCAUCGAAAGCUCGUUCUGGAACUUUGACGCCCUCUUCCAGCCCCAACAGCACCCGGCCCGUGACCAACAUGACACCUUCUUCAUCUCAGAUCCAGCUACGGCGACAGAAUUCCCAAUGGAUUAUCUGGAACGGGUGAAGCAGGUCCAUUCAGAGGGAGGAUAUGGAUCUCAGGGGUACAAGUACGAUUGGAAGAUUGAAGAGGCCAAGAAGAACCUUCUGCGGACCCACACGACAGCAGUCAGUGCCCGCAUGUUGUACAAGCUCGCUCAGCAGGAGGCCUUCACCCCGGUCAAGUACUUCUCCAUCGACCGUGUCUUCCGCAACGAAACCCUGGACGCCACCCACUUGGCGGAGUUUCAUCAGAUCGAGGGCGUGGUGGCCGACUACGACCUGACCCUGGGUGACCUGAUGGGGGUCCUCCAGCAGUUCUUCAACAAGCUCGGUAUAAAGAAACUGCGCUACAAACCGGCUUACAACCCCUACACGGAGCCCAGUAUGGAGAUAUUCAGCUAUCACGAAGGGCUGAAGAAGUGGGUUGAAGUUGGGAAUUCGGGAGUCUUCAGGCCCGAGAUGCUGCUUCCAAUGGGGCUGCCAGAGGGGGUCACCGUGAUAGCCUGGGGUCUCUCCCUGGAGAGACCCACCAUGAUCAAGUACGGAAUCAACAACAUCCGAGAGCUGGUGGGGCACAGAGUCAACCUGCAGAUGGUGUUCGACAGCCCGAUCUGUCGGCUGGAGUCCUAGCCCUCGGGCCAUCCCGGCGGGCAUCUCGGCCACCGGCCAGGACCACGGCGGACACCUUUGUAUUUGUUUUCUGAAGAUAUCGAACGUCAAAUGCAAGCAACUUUAUCGUUAUUAAUUGUUAUUAUUAUCAGAGAGCAGCAGCUUCAAGUCUUGUUUGUCCACUGGCUCCCCGUCAGCGAACUUAACUGGUGGAUCUGAAGAUCCUCUCCCUCGUCUUCGAAUCCCUUCGCUCCCUGGCGCCUUCCCUGGCACUUUCUCUCCCGACCAGCUCACUCCGCGCCACCCCAACCCUGUACCCGCUACCUCCGCUCGACUGGCUCCAGCCUCCUGCUUGUCCCUCCGUUCCACCAUCGGCGGCCGCCCUUUUCAGCCACCGCAGCCCCGUGUCGCUCUCUUCCUCUGUCCCUCACGCCUCCCUCCGCCUUGCCCGCCCCUUUCCUU